AUGGCAUCUGUUGACGUUAACUGCGACCACUGGAUCUCAAAGGUCUUGAUGGUUGCUGCCUAUUUGACUCUGAACAUAUCACUUAACAUGGUGAAUAAGUGGACUAUCUCCAUAUACGGUUUCCCCUUCCCUAUCGCUCUGUCCAUAGCGCAUAUGGCAUUUAGCUUUGUGGUACUGGCGCCCGUUAUGCUUUCCAAGCACAAUCGGGAGCUGCACUACCCCACAAUCAGCAAGCAGUGGCCGGGGCUGCUGUUCAUCUCGAUGUGCUUCGCCAUUAACGUGGGCCUGAACAACGUGUCGCUGCUCAGCAUCUCCCUUAGCCUCAACCAAGUGAUCAGGGCAAGUAUACCUGUGUUCACUGCUCUGGGGGCUGUAGUCAUUGAGAAUCGGCCGCCGUCACGACAGGAGUUCCUGUCGCUAUUGGUGCUGGUAGCCGGUGUGUCUAUGGCGGUGUACGAAGGCUCCAACACGAAGGCCUCGGUCACCGGCGUGACACUGUGCGUCAUUGGCACAAUGUGCAACGGCCUGGCCAUGAGCUCCAUUGGGCGGCUGCUGACGGAGAAGCUGGACGUACUCCGACUAACCUUCUACACGGCGCCCCUAUCCGCCUUCGUGCUUCUGCCUUUCUUUAAUAAGCUCGAAGCCGAAGCCUUCUACAAGUACUGGCAUCAGGGACUGGGCUUCAUAGGGAUAAUCCUUUUGGGCUGCCUGAACGCUCUGCUCUACAACCUCAUCCAUUCCUGGGUAAUUAAGGCUACCAGCUCCGUCACCACAACGGUCAUUGGCGAGAUGAAGAUCGUCCUAAUCUUGCUCCUGUCGGCCAUCGUGCUGGGCGAGUCGGACGUGUGGACGGUUAAGAUGAUGAUUGGCUGCACAACAGCGAUUCUGGGCUUCUGCAUGUACUCACAUGGGCGGCUACUGUCGGGUCCCCAAAUAGCGCCCAUUAUAAUUAAAGGAGUGCCAGAGCUUGCACCAAGCUUAACCGACUCGAUACGGGCCCCCCUGAUGAGCAGUGGCAUGAUCAAACAAGGGCGCAGCUGA